GUUGCUGUGGUGUGAGGUAAAAGGUCAUCCUGUGUAACGUGUCAGCAGACUGUCACCGCACCGGUGUCAGUCACGCCACCCGUCGGCUUUUGCUGUUUCGGUACCUCAGCUGACCUCUAAGUUAUCUCUGUAAAAUGGCCAAAAAGCGGAGAGAAAGACGGGAAAACGAUGGUGUGUCCUCUGAACAGGAAGAGGUGAAGACGGAGGAUUCACCAGUACCGAAAGAGGUUACGCACGCUGAAGGGGGCUCAGCACGCAUGUCCCUCCUGAUUCUGGUGUCCAUCUUCACGUUCGCUGCCUCUGUCAUGUACCUGGUCUACAGGAACUUCCCAGAGCUUCCUGAUGAUGAAAUGGAGAAAAUCAAGAUACCAAAAGACAUGGAGGAUGCCAAGGCUUUGGGUACUGUGCUGUCUAAAUACAAAGACACAUACUACUCCCAAGUGUUGGUGGCCUACUUCGCAACAUAUAUUUUCCUCCAGACAUUUGCAAUCCCAGGAUCUAUCUUCCUCAGCAUCCUGUCUGGAUAUCUUUACCCUUUCCCCUUGGCUCUUUUCUUAGUCUGCUUGUGCUCUGGUCUCGGUGCUUCCUUUUGCUAUUUGCUAUCAUAUCUGGUGGGCAGACCCAUUGUCUACAAAUAUCUCACAGAGAGAGCAAAGAAAUGGUCCCAGCAGGUCGACAAACAUCGAGAUCAUUUAAUUAAUUACAUCAUCUUCCUGAGGAUCACCCCCUUCCUUCCCAACUGGUUCAUCAACAUCACCUCGCCUGUCAUCAACGUGCCUUUGGGGGUUUUCUUCCUCGGUACCUUUCUUGGAGUGGCCCCGCCCUCCUUUGUAGCGAUCAACGCCGGUACAACACUGUACAAGCUUACCACAGCAGGCGAGGCCGUGUCCUGGAACUCCCUGGCUGUGCUCGGUGUCCUCGCCGUGCUCUCCAUCUUGCCCGUCUGCUUCCAGAAAAAGCUGCAGAAGAAACUAGAGUAGGAGAUUAUACACUUCAGCAACUCAUCUGCUGGCUGAUCCCGGCAUUCCCUUGCCCUCGGCUCAGGAACGUGCAGCUGUCACUCAAGUUGCCCCGCCUCCGUCUCAUACAAAGCUGCCGGUGGUGGAACCUCCGAUCACAAGCAUUCGUCCACCACUCAAUGCAUGCAGUGGUGGGUUGCUCCUGAUGUUAAAUGUAAAAUGGCCGCUGACUGCACACGUUUCUUUUGUUUUUGUGAAGGAUGUUCUUGAUUUUGGCACAUCUUGUAAAUUAGUUAAAUUUAGCUUUGUGUUUUUAUUUAAGUUGCUGUUCAUUGUUUUAUGAUUCUUGCCAGACAAUUAAAGGUGCUACCCAUAGGAUGUUGGAGUAAAACUCUUCGUUCUGAUAAGUUUCAAGGGAAAAGACUGCUAUAAACAACGUCAUCAGUACCUUGUCGAGUCUGUUGCGGACACCACAUUUUUAAAUUACUGGAACUUUUACUAUCGCAUCUGCUUUGAAAGUAGCGCAUUCCUUUCUACAUCCUGUUUGUAGCACCUUUUAACUACCACUCCCUUUUUAAUAUUUAUUUUUAAAAUACUAAUAUUAUAAUAAUAAAGUGAUAAUACAGCAAUAACUGUCACAAUACUGUUAAAAGUGGAUUUUAGUUUUUAAAUAGUAAGCUCGGAUACCUGGCCUUGGUGAGCGUAUGCAGCGUGAAGAGAGAGUGAAACUAGAGAAGGAAGGUGUGUGUCUGAUCUUAGUAAGUGCUAUUUCUGUGGCACGGGGUGAGUUUCCUGUUCUUUAAAAGGUGCCUGGAUCCACACACAUUUCACAAUUUGUUGUUCAUUUUGGCUGACUUUUAAUGAAUGGACUAAUCUGAUGUAAUAUUGUUUUUACUGGACCUCUGUAUUGUAGUAUGCCAAACUCCAAGCAUUUCCCAUUUCAAAUGAGUAACUAAGAAAUGAACAUAAAUUCAACACAACAGAUUUAUGAGUUCAAAGAUGUAUGCAAUGCAGAGAAAUUAGUCAAAAGCCAACAUCAUCUUGGGUUCAAUUGUUACGCAUAUGUUGAUGAUCACAUCACUAGUUGUGUCUUUCGCUAUCCCAUGAAAUUGUUUGCUAUGGCAGCAGAAAUUGAGAUGUCUGCACCGUGGAUAGGGCACCAGUGUUUGAUGCACCGGUAUCCUAGGUAACUAUAGUGCCCUCAGUAAGACUGCCAACAGGCUGAGCUGCCGAGCCCUAUCUUGCUUUUUACUUCUUCCAUUCUUCAAAUAUAAUAUGCCUGAUUUUAGUUUUCCCUAAAUUGUUUUGAAUUACUGAUUUUUGAGUUUUCCCUAAAUUGUUUUGAAUUACUUUUUCCUAUACAAGCUAACUGAAUGGUUUUAUUUUUGAUUUAUUGUUGUGCCUGUGUACCAUUGUAACCUAUUGCUGCUGCUUAAAAACACUCUGGAUGUUUACUAGAGACGUUGAUGCAGUGAAUGUACAUUAUGGUAACUUAUUCCAACACAUUUUUAUUAAAUCUCGUAAAACAUCACAUGUAUGCACAUAAGUGCAUUUUGAGAUUUCCUGUUUUUACUUUGUUAUAUAGUGUGUACUACUGUCAGAUUAUUAACCUCUCAAGCCCAGUUUCAUAAACCUCAAUUCAUGUGAAUUUUAAAUGGUUCUACUGUAUGGGGAUACUAAUGUCGUAGCAUAUUCUGCUUUUUUACUGAGUGCUACUUCUUUCAAAGACUGUUUGGCUGUUUUUAUGUUUCUUACUGUUUUGAGAGGGUGCUGCAUUGUACAACUAAAGUUAUAUCGUAUAAUUGGAAAAUUGCAUCUUUAAGUGGUGAAAUUAAUUGAUUAAAAAACGACUAAUCUCUCCAACAAA